GAGGGUAGCAAAACAAAGUUCUAAACUUGUUCGCACAUUGUGAGGAAAAUGAAGCCGGGUUAUCCCAAUGGAGCAGAGAUGAGACGACAAGAGGAAAACAAACUGCUUUUAUUAAAACUACCAAAGGGUUCAGCUUUUUUCACAUUGACACCAAAGGUGCGUCACCGACAACUCUUGCCAGUAGCAGUAGCACUGCUGUCAGUGUUAGCCGAGGAAGAUGGAGUAAAGAUGAAGCGGAGCGGGACAUGAGUGAUGCUUUUCAUCACCAUGACACAAAAUGCCCGGAGACAUCAAUAAAGGGAAGAAGUCCUUUGUCCAGAAGUGUGCUCAGUGUCACACAGUGGAAAAUGGGGGGAAGCACAAGGUCGGCCCAAACCUGUGGGGUCUGCUUGGUCGCAAAACGGGCCAGGCAGAAGGUUACAGCUAUACGGAUGCAAACAAAAGCAAAGGCAUUAUCUGGGAUGAGAACACCCUGAACGUCUACUUGGAGAACCCCAAAAAGUACAUUCCCGGAACAAAGAUGAUCUUUGCUGGCAUCAAGAAGAAGAAUGAGCGUGCUGACCUUAUAGAAUAUCUUAAAUCUGCGACUUCUUAAAGAACUUUACCAUCAAGAUGAAUUGUCGUUUUCUUCUCAACAAUGGACAGUUUUUUCACAGCGGUGCCUCUGAUUUUAUAUGAUUCACCUUCUUGGUGGAGUGAUUGAUAAUCCCUAGUUUUAACAGGUUCCUUUUUUUAAAAUAGAACUUAUUAAACCACAUACUGUAUUCAUAGAAACUGUGAAAGCUGUUGUUUUAGUUCACAAAUCUGUUGUCAUCAAUUGCCUGUCCUAGUUUAGAACAACAUAUUACUUUAAGAUUUAGCAACCGAGUGUUUCGUUUUUAAGAUGUUUUUUUUUUUGUAUUGAAUAAAACACUAACCAAGA